UGUCCUUAAAUAUACACUUAAGAGCCUGGUAAAGAUUAACUCUCAGGAGCAUAUGUUACAUUAUAGUUCGUAUUAUCUAUUUUUCUACAUUUUAUCAACAUUUGCCCUUAUUUCCCGUUCUAGUUCCAGUACCAAUGCCCGCUCUUCUUUCUGGUAUUGGCAAGCGUGGAAUUGUGGAGGCGGGACUUCUGGGACAUGUGAAGGAUGAGAUGCUGGGUGUGGUGGACAAGCUAAAUAAGUCUGUGGAAGGGGCACAGAAGAUCGCCACGAACCUUGAGAGCAAUUUGAAGACAGCUGCCCAGGGUCUGAUCAGUGGCCAGGAUAUCAAAGCCCUCGCCCAGAUGGUGCUGUCUACCCUGGAGGCGGAUGUCAAGUCAAUGAUGGACAAAGGCACAUUUGACGUUGAUAUUGAUGCGCUGAUCAAGAAUAUUGUCCCCAACGCUGUUGCAAAGCUCUUCUCCAAGCACAGCCGUCGUUACCUUCUCGGCGAUAUUAUCAACGGAUUGAAGGACACUCUGGGUGACGUUCUUAGUACAACAUUCCUCAGAAACAUUGAGUCAGCUGCAGCGCAAUCUCUGAGCUCUGAAUUGGGUAACCUAAAGGCUCUUUCCAAGACAUUCCUGUCCCGCGCUGGACAGGCCACUGCACAGGUCGCUGCUGAGGCCGUCAAGUUCUUCCAGCCAUUCCAGGCUCAACUCGGAUCUCUCUUCACCCAGAUCAAGAAUGUAGCUGCCAAACUUACAGGUCACUAAAUGUCAAGGAAUGUCGAAUAAAAUAACAUU